GGUAAAAGUGAAAAACUUUCUCAAGGUGGGGGACGCCUACGAUGAAUUUUGACUGGGAAAUGUGGGAAAAAGAGAAUAGGAGAUUAUGCGAUUGCGCCGUUUUUCGCACAACUGACGUACCAAGAAUGGUGAAGGUUUUUUAAAUAAGCGUAAAUUAUCAUAAAAGAUGCGCAAAUAAAAGGAGGAAUCUUAUUUCGAAAAAAGGAUGUGUACCGGUCCGCUGAGAAAGGUCUUUCACUGGGGCCCUCUUACCGCAUUGGGUCUCAUCAAGAUUAUUACUUUGAUGACAAUACAUUGUAGCAGACAAUGGUUGCCACCACAGGAAAGUCUUCUUGGCGCAAUCAAUUUUUUAUUCUUCUCUAGUCUCAGUGGAUCGACACUUUACCAUUUUAUAAAUGCUAUUUUUGAGGGACCUGGAUAUCUACCUUUAAAAUGGAUGCCGGAAAAUUUAUCCAAUUGUCAGUAUCUUCAGUUUUGCACAGUAUGCCAAGGAUAUAAAGCUCCAAGAUCUCAUCAUUGUAGAAGUUGUGGUCGCUGCGUUAUGAAAAUGGACCAUCAUUGUCCAUGGAUAAAUAAUUGCGUAGGGCAUUUAAACCAUGGAUAUUUUACGGCGUUUCUGGCAAGCGCUGUGGGCGGUUCUCUUGUUGCCACUAUUGUUUUGGUUUCAUGGAUUUUAGCCAUUUUUUCUCCAAGGCCGAUGCCAUUUCCACCUCCUUCGUUACUUAUCCUUUUUUCAGUAAUUUUUGCGAUCGGUUUGUCGAUCGGAGUUGUUAUAGCUGUGGGGAUGUUGCUCUAUUUCCAAGUUGUUGCAAUUCUGAAAAAUAAAACAGGAAUUGAAGACUGGAUUUUAGCGAAAGCACAGUAUCGGCGAUAUGGGACGGUCGAAAAAUUCGUUCAUCCUUACGAUAUAGGCUGGCAAGGAAAUGUUAGACAAGUUAUAAAGUGGCAUUGUAUUCCUCCAGGCGAUGGAAUUCAUUGGCCUGUAAUUGAGGGCUGUGAUCAGUAUUCCUUAACCCGAGAACAACUAGUUCAAAAAUUGGAGAAACGAAAACGUGCUCGAAAGUUUCGCGUUGUAGUGCCAGUAUCAGGAUCGUGGAUUCCAAUUAGCCACGGUUUUAGAGUUCUGUGCUCUCCACCCUGUACAAAUGAUUCACGUAUUAGGCUCAAAGUUGGUGACGUGGUUAAUGUCACUCGAAGACACAAAUAUUGGCUGUUUGGUGAAAAGGAAGAGGAAGGAUCCGGAGACAAUAAUGGAAAUCGCAUCCGAGGCUGGUUUCCUCGACCAUCUGCGAUCGAAGUGAUUGAAAACGGCAUGGACCAAAUGUCACAUUCGAAGGUGGAUUAAAUUUUUCCAAUGACAACAUGAAACGGUAUGGUUUUCAUUGUGACUAUUCUCCAUCUCAAGAUUCUUGAAUUUUUUUGAAUUAGUAAAUGGAAUUGAAAACGCGGAGGAACUGAUACAAUGCGUAAUCACAAGGUUCGUUUAUUUGUAUAUAGGUCGAAUUCUCAAGAAACGCUAAAGCUUCAUUUAUAUUUUAAGUUAAUUUUUAAUUAUUAUACUGCAAAAUUCAGUAAUCUAAGCUUUUAUCAUAUGAAUUUGAAAUUGGGCAACAUUCAGCUCGAAGAAUUAUGCAGCGAGUUAUUCCGUUUGGAAUAUUUCGCUGUACAACUGCCGGGACUGAAAGGCCAGGAAAAUCAAUAUGGUCGUGUGAAAAUUUGAAUUUACACGAGCGUGCAAAUAUAUAUGUAUGUGGCUUGCUGUUGUUUAAAUUUAAAGAGCGUAAAAGUGUACGCAAAACAGUGAACUGUCAAGCAGAGCAAAAUACUUUUGCAAUAUUUAAUUGUAUUAAAUAAAUAUAAGCAAUUUUUCUGUUUACUGUUCGAAUGCGCAGAGAUGUGUAUCAGUGCAUUUGUCGCAUUAAUUUUCCAAUUCUUGUUAUACCGAAACUAAAUUUGCCGUUUGUUUUCAAAUACUCUGAGAAUGGCAAUAAUAUAGUUUUCAACUUAUUUUCGUGGAGGAUUCAACGCACUAGAAAUUUUUAGAAAAAAUAACGGCAACCAUUUAUAUCACUUUAGUAGACUUUAAGUUUCCAACUCGAACUAUAAGCUUUCAUCGACAUUAUUUAUAAAUAACGUAUGUUAUUUCAGUUAAGUCAGGCUAAGAGCGAUUCUGAAUAUUCGGAUUACUUUGCUUGUCAAUCUUUAUUGAGAUACAUAGACGUACGUUUAAAUCCCAAUGUGGCUUCUAUUACAAAUAAAACAUAACCUGUCAUGUAUAGUUUAUGAAA